CUUGAACCUUUAGUUGAUUGCCAGCUUGGACUCAUUCUCCCUCCUCCGUGCCCGAAACUCGCAUCUGGCAGAGUUCUGUCAUGGUCAAGAGCCGAAUUGACCUCUUUUGAUAUUUACGAAUCCACGAUGGCGGGCUUACAGACUCGCUCGGCCAUGUCCCUCCCCUUCUCCCUCUCUGCGGCUUUUCGCAACCUUUCCCUCAACACCGCGAGGCGCUCCUUCUCGACGACACUGCCCGCACAGAAGACGAAACAACUCCCGGACUAUAUCCCACCCUAUCCGUACGGUCCCAACUAUGUCUACAAGCAGUCGAAUUCCGGUCUCUACGGCGGCGUGACGAUCCAAUUCGGCAACAAGAUCUCCAAGGGCAAGAACGAAGGCAAGACCCGCCGGUCCUGGAAGCCCAACGUUCGCCGCAUGAAGCUUUAUAGCGACGCCCUCGAAGAGGAUCUCUUCAUUAAGGUGACGCGGAAGGCAUUGAGGACGAUCCGGAAAGCGGGCUCCCUCGAUAACUACCUCCUGGGCGACCACCCGGGCCGGAUCAAGGAGCUGGGUGUUUUCGGCUGGGAGCUGCGGUGGCGCGUGAUGCAGACCCCCAAGAUGCAGGAGCUGUUUAAAUAUGAACGGAAGAAUCUUGGUCUUCCAAGACCUCCCACCUUCGAGGAGUUUGUGGCGCAGAAGGAGGCCGAGAGGAAGGCGAAGGCGGAGGCCGGCGCGGGGGAUUUGACGAACAUCAAGGAAAUGACGAAGCCUACGCUCAAUGAGAAGCAAUACUGAGAGGGAUAGUGAGAAGCGGGGUGUGCAACAUGAAGAGUGUCGGGGGUUUCUGAGUCGGGCUUGGGAUUCGUUUGAAACAUCCGGGGUGAGAGACCAGCGGAUGAGGGCGUCUGUUGUAUUAUAUCUAUUUGCGACCAUGUUUCGACAGUCUGGAGCAGACUGUGUCAGUUAUCCGUCUAGCUGGCCGGUUAUGUGAAGAGAAACUGUAUAGAUGUCUGGCUUUCCUUUUCUUACAUGGAUUACAUGGACCUAGCAUGAUUUGAUUUCGUUUUGGUGUAUUUAUACUUUCUAUCAUCUUGACCAAUGGUAUUGGAAUAAGG